UUUUUUCCUCUAAAAAGUUUUAUUCAAAUAGAAAUGAAGUACAAUGAAGGAUAUUUAUACGGAAAAAGAGAACUUGAAAGAAAUUCAGAUUAUACAAUGUCUCACAAAUUUAUCAAAGAGUAUUUACAACUUGAUGAUUCGAUCUUUAGUCAUCAUGAUAAUUGUUAUUAUCUCGAAAAUUAUAGUCAUCUUGAAUAUAGAGGUGGCCAUCGGUAUCUAAGACCAUCUAAAUGUUCUAAAUUUGUAUUAAAACAGGGACAUCAUCUGUUUUAUAAUUAUCAGUGGACAUACAGUUAUCAUGGAACAAACUCGAAAAACAUCAAAAGUAUCCUUCAACAUGGUCUAAAGAUACCUGGAACUCUUGCUGGCGAACAAAUAGUCCGGAUGGAGCACGGAUCAACAUAUGGAAAUGGCAUCUAUACUUCAAAGAUUCCAUUAUAUUCUCAAUUAUACGCACCGGUAAUCAGAUGGAAUGGCAAGUAUUUUCAAACGAUCUUAAUGGUACGACAACGGUCAGAUUCUAUUGAUGUUCAAGAAGGGGAGGCAAAUGAAAUGCAAUAUGUUUGCUUUGAUGAAAGCUCUUGCAUUCUACAUGCCUUGUUGGUUAAAGUUCAUGACUAUGAUCCAAUGGAUUCUGAUGGUGGUGAAUAUCGUAAAAUAUCCAAAAUCCUAGAUAAUUUGAAAUAG